AUGGUCCAAUUGACUCCAGAAUACUUGUCAAGCCUGAACCCGUUCACAUACAUCGGCAUCACAGCUGCAACAUACAUAGCCUACAAAUUCACCCGCCAAGCAACCCUCUUCCUCCUCCCCUCAAAGCUCCAACGCUACAACUCCACCGGCGAAAUCAAGAAUUGGGCUCUGGUAACCGGUGCCACAGACGGAAUUGGCUUCGGCUUCGCGCAGGAGCUCUGCGCACGCGGAUUCAACGUCCUUCUCCAUGGGCGUAAUCGCGAGAAGCUGGAGCGCCGCGCGCAGGAGCUCGCGGCUGAGUUUCCAGAACGGAAAACUGCUCUUGUAGUGCUGGACGCCGAGGGCGUGACGGGCGUUGUCGAUGCUGUUGCUAAUCAAGUUCGUGAUGUCCUUGCUCAGAAUGGGGGUGGCUUUUUGUCGGUUCUUGUUAAUAAUGUUGGCGGGGAGACGAAGCCGUUUCGGACCAUUGAUCGUCUGAGCUUUGAUGAUGUGAAGGCUACACUUGAUAAGAAUGUUUUGUUCACUGUUCAGAUCACUCGUGUGCUUUUGCCUCUUCUUAUGGAGGGGUCUGGACUUGUGUUGAAUGUUUCUUCACAUUCAUCCUUGGGUAUGCCGUAUAUCAGUGUUUAUUCGUCAUCGAAGGGAUUCCUGGAUACUUUUACUUAUGCGUUGGCCGCGGAGUGUGCGGCGGAGGAACGCAAUGUGGAGGUAUUGGGCUUGCGAGUUGGGUCGGUGAGGACGGCUGGAUAUGAUAUUGAGACUAGUCUUUUUGUUCCUGUCGGUCGGACGCUAGCAUCCUCUGCUCUGAAUCGCGUUGGCUGUGGACGUUUGAUUGUCUUUGCUUAUUUCUGGCAUUGGGUUCAAGGUAUGGCGUUUGAUGUAUUGCCCCGGUCGGCCCUGGACAGCAUCACUAGUCGAGUCAUGAAACAGCUCAAAAAGAAGCACGAAGAGAAAACAAAAUAA